CGCUAGCUGGUCUGCCGGCCAAGCUUGUAGUCAGGGUUCUCUCGCGGUCCACUAGUACUGCCAGGCCCCUUCCGUGGUGCUGUGGUGUGCGACAAAAACUCUCGCCAGCUCUCGUGCCAGAAAAAUGCGCCGCCUUGCGCUGCUUAGCUUGGUGCCGGCCACCCUGGCCCUCACCGCCCCAGCCCUGCGGCCACGGGCGAGGGGGCAGUUACUGCGAAGCAGCCCGGACGACGACGAGGCGCCGCCCGAGAUUAAUGAAGACUUCCGCGACUUCCGCGCGCGAUUGAUUGCAAGGACGAAGGGCGAGGGCCUCACGGAAGCGGGCGACGAGAAAGCCGUGGCGGAAGGCUGGGCCUACGAGACGCCCUUGCUCGAAGCGGGCUGCCUGCUUCUGGGGGGCACGGAGCAGGACUUCGGGUUCGGGCUGCGGCAGCAGUACUUCCACAAGUGCGUGUUGCUCCUGACGCAGCACGACGAGUUCUUCACGCGGGGCGUCAUCGUGAACCGGCCGUCGCGGAGGACGGUGAGGGGCUGGACGGUCUGGUGCGGCGGCGACGUCGAGGAGGGCGGCGUGUUUGCGCCGCAUGGUGGUAGCAGUUCGGAUAGGCCGCCGGCGCUCGAGUGCUUGUCCACCACUGUGUGGAAAUCAAAUGUCGGGCGCCCCACUCGAUGGCGUGGAGCUUCACAUACCUAACUCACUGGUUGAUUUCCACACAGGUCCACCGUGAAGAUCGAGGGCGCGGCGUCCUGCACGGAGGUGAACAAGGACCUCUACACGACCUCUUUUGACGACGCGAACAAAGCCCUGGAGCGGGGCUACGAAAAGUCGGACUUCAUGUGCCUCUGCGGCUACGCGGGCUGGGCGCCGAAGCAGUUGGACGGCGAGGUCGAGCGGUCGAGCUGGCACGUCGCGUCGGUCGACGGAGGCACUUUGGUGAAGGAUUUACUCGCGAGAGAUGAUGAUGAAGAUUUGCCCGUCGACGACGGCCUCGGGACCUGGGCGCAGCUCAUGCGUCGCCUGGGCAAGGACCCCGCGCCUUCGGGCUUUGAGUUCGACGACGAGAUGCUCCGGGCGUGGAUCGCCGCGCGCUUGGACGCGCCGAAGGUCGAUGUGAGUGCGCUAGCGGACGCGGCACGCAGAAAGCAGCGCGAGGAGACGUACCUCGAGUCGAUUUUAGAUGAUAACGGCGAGGUCACGCCGGGCGUCGUCUUCACGUGUCAGGCGUUGGCACCCGCAGCAGACUUCCUACUCGAGCGCCAGUUCCUGCACAAGUCGGUCGUCCAGGUCAUCGCCGUCCAGCAGGACACGGUCAUCAUGUGCUGCCUGAACCGGCCGACGUCCCGGAGGGUCGCGCUGAAGCUCGGCGACGCGGAGCGGGUGAAGACAGUAGCGUUCGGCGGCGACGUGCAGGUGCGGAGCGCGCAGGGCGGCGUCGUGUGGCUGUCGCGGGGGCCGCUGCCCGGCGGCGCCGGCGAGCGGCUGCCCGCCGGCGGGCUGGAGGAGGAGGACGCGACGCACGUCGUGGCCGCCCGGGACGUCGUCGAGGGUUUAAAAAGGGCGGACGUGCGCGUCGAGGCCGUGCUCGCGGCGUCGGGCGUCGUCGCCUUCCCGGUGGCGGAGCUGCGGCGGUUGUUGGGCGCGGGGCACGUCGUCCCCGUGCCGCCGGACGCGGCGCCGCUAGAUCAGUGCUGGGCGCUCCACGCGCCCGGCGCGGCGGCGGACCCGGAAGACGCGUGGCGGCGCGCCUACGCCGCAGCCGUCGACGCCGCGCGCGGGGCCCCGCCGGCGGCGACGCCGGCCGAGCUCCGGGGCGGCAUCGCGGACGAGGCCCUGGACCGGUUCGUCGGGACCUUCCUCUCGUAA